AUGGGCCCUCCCCUGCUCCUGCGCGUGCGCCUAUGGGCCGCUGUGCUGCUCGCGCUGCUCGUGCUGGUCCUGAGCGCAGCUGUGGCCCCUGCCUCGGUGGGGAACCCCCCAGAGGACUACACGGUGGACGAGGCGGAGCGCCAGGGCGCAGAUAAUAUGGUGUUCGAUGACUACCGCGGGAAAGGCUGCGUGGACGACAGUGGCUUCGUGUACAAACUGGAAGAGCGCUUCUAUCCGGGACACUCGAACUGUCCGUGCGUGUGCACGGAGGACGGACCUGUGUGCGACCAGCCCGAGUGCCCCAAACUGCAUCCCAAGUGCACCAAAGUGGAGCACAAUGGCUGCUGCCCCGAGUGUAAAGAGGUGAAAAACUUUUGCGAGUACCGAGGAAAAACCUACAAGAUUCUGGAGGAAUUUAAGCCUUCGCCGUGCGAGUGGUGCCGCUGUGAACCAAAUAAUGAGGUGCACUGCGUGGUGUCAGACUGCGCUGUGCCCGAAUGCGUCAACCCUGUGUACGAGCCAGAGCAGUGCUGUCCCAUCUGCAAAAACGGUCCAAAUUGCUUUGCUGGAACGACGAUCAUCCCAGCCGGGAUUGAAGUGAAGGUGGACGACUGCACCAUCUGCCGCUGCCAUAACGGGGACUGGUGGAAGCCGGCACAGUGUUUGAGACGUGAGUGCCUCAACGGCCAGGCGCUGUCAUAG